AAAAAAAAUCAUGUGACUCGCUUUCAUUUUGUCGACAACUGUGUUUUCUGAAAUGACUGUGUUUGUGAGAUCAGUUGUGCUGUUUAUUUUAUUACUUAACUUGACAGACGUCAACAGUGUGACAUUGACGUUCUCGGAGAGCGAUUUACAGUUGAUCAUCUCAGAAACAAAAACUGUGUGGCUAGUGCCAAGUGAGCCACUGAAUAAGACGGCGCUAUUGUUGUUUAUGUACGAGAUAGGAGAUGACAUACGAUACACUGAGGAUCAUCAGUUGCUUGGCCCCCUGCCUGACAUCAACAUAACAGCCAACAAUAGCCAGGGAGUGCAGAUUAGGCUGACACCUGUUCACGCUGGCAAUCUUAACGUAGGAGUUAAUUCUUCAUCCGAGGAGCUAACAGGGUUGAAGGACACCUUUGUCAGGCUGAGUAUCUUUCAUAGUUCUGCCAUCGUUUACAUCAACAUAGUGAUUGGUUGGGUCUACUUUGUUGCUUGGUCGGUGUCGUUUUAUCCACAAGUCUAUGAAAACUGGAAGCGUAAAAGCGUGAUUGGACUGAAUUUCGAUUUCCUUGCCUACAACAUCACAGGAUUUAUAGCCUACAGUUUCUUCAACGUUGGACUUUAUUGGAUAAAAAGUAUUGAGGAUGACUACAAGAGUUUACAUCCAAGGGGGAUAAAUCCUGUCCAAUUGAAUGACGUGAUUUUUGCACUACAUGCUGUGUUUGUCACCCUGAUCACAAUCUGUCAGUGCUGUAUCUAUGAGCGUGGUGGACAGAAAAUUUCUAAGAUUUCUUCACUCCUGCUUGUUCUGGCAUGGCUCUUCAUUUUCGUGACCUUGUUUCUGGCAGUGGGCAAAGUGAUGACAUGGCUGAGUUACCUAUACUGCUUCUCCUAUGUAAAGCUUGGUGUGACCUUGAUCAAGUACAUACCUCAGGCAUACAUGAACUACAAAAGAAAAAGUACUGUGGGCUGGAGUAUAGGGAAUGUCUUACUGGACUUUACUGGGGGGAGUUUAAGUCUGCUACAGAUGUUCCUACUGGCCUAUAACAGUGACGACUGGGGCUCUCUAUUUGGUGACCCUACUAAGUUCGGACUUGGAGCUUUCUCCAUUUUGUUUGAUAUUUUGUUUAUGACCCAACAUUACAUUCUAUAUCGAUACAAGGUUACCUAUGAACCCAUUCAACAAGGUGAAGAGGAUGAUGUUGAGGAAAGCCUGAAAAAGAUUGUUCUAUGAUCAAGUGUUCUUUGGAGAGCCGUGUCUUUUUGUUGAAGUGUGCAUUAUUUAUUUGUGUAAAUGACUGUCAAUUCUUAAAUUAUUUUUAAGAUGUGCAAUUCUUGAUAAAUAUCUAUUCUCGUCUCUUUGUUGAGAUGUGAAUGUGUAUAUUUUACAAGUUGGUGUAAAAAAAAUGUUCAAAUCUUUGUUAAGAUGUGUGUAUGUCAGUGGAAUUCAUGUGAAAUAACUGUCUUUUCUCUUUGUACCACUUUGUGUAUUUUCUGUUUAAAAUUAGACGUUCAUAUUUCCAUUCUGUGCAUUUAAUUCAUAUAAGUAAAAUAAGUUCUCGUCUUACCUGUUAUUUUCUCAAAAAGUUAGAUUUAAUGACCCAGUGUUUGAUAUAUUUUGGAAUCAUUCAAAGGUUUAUCAGGAUUAUGAGACUUAUCUUCAAAAUUUGAAUGUUGUAAAAUUCCUUAGUUCCGUAUCAAAUUGUGGUUUACCUGUAUAUUUCACAAAGUCUAACUGACAAGUAAGUGAAUGAAUAAUUUUUCUGACAAUAGAAAAUUUGUAUCGCUAUUCUGAUACAUGUAGAUUUCCAUGUUCCAAGAUACUUAGCUUUCAUUUUUCGCUUGCUGAAAGGUUGGAUUUGUUAGUGAACUAGGAAUGGAUCUAGUGGACGAUGUUGAUUUCUGGUGAUCUUUCAGACCACCAUCAACAUGUGCAAUUCUGCCAGACAUUACCUUAGAAUGUAUAUUAUAUUCAUAAAAAGAGAGCUGUUGUUUUGUCUAAACAGAAACGUCAAGGUUUUCCAUACAGGGUCAUUGUUCUGGGACUCGUUCACCAAGUUACUUACAGAACAAGAAUGUUGUGUACAUGAUCCUGAUUAAGAACAAUACUCAUCACUGUCAUGUCCUGUACAGCAAUUGUUUACAGGUAAUUAACAUAUAAAUGGACAUUUUCAAACGUUUUGUUGUAUAUUAUUAUAUAAAUGUUUCUGUGAUAAUUUUUACCCUAGAAGUCCUGAUUAACAUAUGCUUUUUGUUCACAAUUAACUCAUUCACCCCUAAAGACACAUUUGAACUACUCCAAUUCAAAAGUUUGAAAAGUUCAUUAUGAAAUUUCAGGGGUGAAUGAGUUGAGUCCUGUUAUUAUUAUCAUGUGAUUCAGGGAUAUUUAAUCGGACCUUAACCUUAUUCAUUUAUACUGUAUUAAACAUAUUUUGUGCCCAGCAUACUUGAGAUUAAAUUGGGGGUUGGAAGAAGUGCGUCAAUGUGUCGUUAGAUUAAAUGUGAAUGAAUAAUGUAAUUAUGAUUGUUAGUAUGUGAAACUGGCUUUUACCCAAAAAAUCAGCAGUCUGUCGAUGAGGCAAUAUUGGUGUAUUUAUUUGAAGCGUUUUAGCUUGAUUUGUCAUGGUGUUGAUAAGAUGGAUGCAUGUUUUCCUUGAAUAUAGUCACAAGUGGCACUAAAAACAUUUUUCUUUUUAUUUAAUAGUGAUGAUGCCAAAAGUCAUUGUGAUCAAUAUGGUUAACACUGUACUAUAAUAUAAAAUGUUCAUGAAUAAAUUCGUUUGUGAUUUGAAGCUAUUUAUAUUGUUUCACAGCACAAACUUUUGCGAUACCCCAUAUAAAACAAAGGGUAGUUAAUGAUAUAAACUAAAUUUGUCCCCUUUAUUUUUGUGGUUCUAUAGCAGUCAUGAAUAUAUAUGCAUAACACAUUUCAUGUUAUACAGUAUCUUCACUGCUUUUGAACAAAAACCAAUAGUGGACGUUUUUUUAACAAGUGUUCAUGUACCUAUUAUUAGCUCACCUGCCUGUCCUUUAAAAGACUUUUUCUCAAGUACAAAUGAGGGAUCUUAACUAAUAUUGUAUGGAACAUUCUUGAGACAAGGGAAUAGGUUGGAAGAGGUGACUACACAGGAGUAGAAAUAUGUAAAGUCCAAUUCUAUAGCCCAACAUAGGAUUUGAGGUCUACUACAGGAACCAGGUGAGCUAUUCAGGCCCCGGGGGCUUCUGGAAUCAUCGUAUGUGCAAUGGUGGCCAGUUAGCAAAACUAGGCUAGUGCACUUUAAUUUGACCAAAUAGAGUUGAGUUCCCUUUAACAUUCUUAGAAUCCUUAGAAUGUUUUAGGCUGAUAAAUGUUUUACAUAUCUAAUUUGACUUUGCACUUUUGUUUUAUUAAAGACCACUGCUGGUCCAAGCAGAUGCAAUGUUGUAUGUAUAUGAAGGAUAUAUUUUGCCAACACGUAUUGAUCACUGGUUGUCACUACAGGCCCCUUGUGGCUUUUGUUGAAAUGGUGUUCAUUGAACUAUCUUGUGAUUACAAUUGCUCAAGUCUUUUCUUACUGAGUAAACAAUCUUAUUUAUCACUGUAUACACAAAUAUGCAUGUCUUUAUUUGGCCAAAGAUAUUAAAGCUGACAAUGCUUGUAAGGAAACACCAGUGAGCUAGCCAAAACCUUUACUGCAACUGGACAACCCCAGAACAUGCUAAUUUCUCAGUAACUGUAUUGUUUGUCCCUAUAAAGAUACCAAAGCCUGUCUGCAGGCAAGCUCUGAUGAUUCUUAACUUGCAUUGUCACCUUAUUUUUACCCGUGAUCAGCUUGGAUAUUGUCAAGCCAAACUGAUUGAUAAUUUCACGUAAACAAGAGGCCCAAGGGCUUUAGCGGUCACCUGAGUUAUAUUAUAGGUACUGGUAGCUUUAUUUUAUUGUUUA